CCUAUCGAUAGUUGCUACAACCCAGCGAUAACAGUUCGGCAGGCUUCACACACAGAACGCUCUUUUCUGGAAAAGAUUUGGCGAUUUACAUUUACAAAUUGCAAAUAGCCAGGUUUGCAAUGUCCGAAAACAAUGAAGCGUCAGUCGAAACUAACUGUUUCCGUGGUGGCUUCACCCUGAAGGCUUCGCGCCUGGGCGGUGCCGUACUGCGUCCGGCUGUGCUGGCCAACAGCAGCGGCUCCAACAAUAGCUCCACAUCGUCGUCGGCCGCCGGCGAGGACGGCGCCCUGCUGAACAAUCCCUUUCUGCGCGAGGCCAAGGACGAGGAGGAUGACGAGGAAGUGGUGGCGCCCUCCGGCGACAAGAACGACGACGACGAGGUGGACGAGCGGCCGGAUCCGCUGACCAAGCUGCGCAGCAAUGGUAUCGAGCGUUCCAGCAUGUUUGCCGCUGCCAAGAACAACAUGCCCCAUGUCCAGAGCAGCGGCUUCGUUUUCGGUCAGAAUGUGCAUGAACGCGUGGUGGCCCCCAAUCCAGAGCAGGUCAUCGCCGAGCCCGAUGCCGAGGCGGCAGGCAGCUCGGGAUCGGGCUCGGCCCAGGAGGCCGCUUCCUCCUCCACCGCCGCCUCGUCGUCGACUUCGUCGGCGCCAUUGCUCUUCUCCAGCGUCAUCCAGAACGCUGCCCAGACCACAGAGACCAGCGAGGCCGCUGCCUCCUCGUCCACCUGCAGUAGCAGCAGCAACAACAACAAGGAGUCCGCCGAGGCCAAGAGCCUAACGGAUGUGGCCCGUGAGUACGAGGAGAGCCGCGCCCAGAAGCGCAAAUACGAGGAGGUCGAGACCUUCACCGGCGAGGAGGACGAGAUCAAUAUCAUCGACGUCAGUUGCAAGCUAUUCGCCUUCCUCAACAGCAACUGGGAGGAGCGUGGUCGCGGCAGCCUGCGCCUGAACGACGCCAAGGAUGGCAAGGGCAACUCGCGCGUGGUCUUCCGCACAUCUGGCAAUCUGCGCCUGUUGCUCAACACCAAAGUCUGGGCCGCCAUGGUGGCGGAGCGGGCCAGCCAGAAGUCACUCCGUCUGACGGCCAUCGACAACUCUGGCGUUGUCAAGAUCUUCCUGGCCAUGGGCCGACCUGCGGACAUUGCCCAGCUGCACAAGGCGCUCAGCGAGCGGAUUGCCAAGCGCAAGGUCUCACAUCCCGAGGAGUGCUCCGUGGAGGAGACGAAAAACGGCGUGGCCUCCGAGGCAGCUGCCAGCCUGCAGCAGUCGACGACCCACGACGAUGAGGAUGAGGAUGCUGCUCCGGGGCCGUCGGGUGUUUCCGCAGAGGCAGAUAGCUAUGGGCCGAGUCCCAAGAAGGUGCUCGUCCAGCCCGACAGCAGCGCCGAUGUCAGUGUGCCGCCCGUGGAUGAGGGCGGCGAGGAUGCCGAGGCCGAGGCCAAGGUGUCCACCGAUCAGAAUUAACCGCCGCUCGCUCUUGUUCUUUUUAUACGAUUCAUACAUGGAGGAAAACAACAACAAACAAACACACACAACAACCACUAAUUAAUAAAACGAGCCGUGAAUUAUUAUAAAUUAAUUAUAAUAAUUUAUUAAUAAUUAUUAUUAUUAAAAGUAAAAUAAAUGAAGUGCUGAUUUGUAAACCCGUGAGCAGCGUCUACAAAAGACAUUUAUCCAUUA